AUGCAGCACUGUUCCGCUAGCGGCGGCCUAUUGGCAGAACUAACUGUCAUGUCCGAGGCCCUCAUCACAUACUUCGGUUUCAUGAAGAACAAAAAUUCAGAGGGAGCUACCGAGUUGAUGCAUGAGAAUGGCACGGUAAUGUUUCAAUUUGGUCGUCAAAUGCCUGAUUACGACUCCCCAGCUUCCCAAUCAACCAGUGAAAGCCAUCAACAAGUGUCUGGAAUGAACGAAGGAAGCCUCAAUGAGCAUAAUGAUCAUUCAGAUAAUCUUGAUCGUUACUCAAAGAGUGAUGAAAACAAGAUGAUGUCAGCCUUAUCCCUGGGCAAUCCAGAAACAGCUUAUGCACAUCCAAAGCCUGACCGUACUCAGUCCUUUGCCAUAUCAUACCCAUAUGCUGAUCCAUACUAUGGUGGUGCAGUGGCAGCUUAUGGCUCACCUGCUAUUAUGCACCGUCAGCUGGUGGGCAUGGUUUCGUCCUCUCGAGUGCCAUUACCAAUUGAGCCGGCUGCCGAAGAGCCCAUCUAUGUCAACGCGAAGCAAUACCACGCGAUUCUCCGAAGGAGACAGCUCCGUGCAAAGCUAGAGGCUGAAAACAAGCUUGUCAAAAGUCGCAAGCCGUACCUCCACGAGUCUCGGCAUCUGCACGCGAUGAAGAGAGCUCGGGGAACAGGCGGGCGGUUCCUGAACACGAAGCAGCAGCCGGAGUCACCCGGCAGCGGCAGCGGCGAUGGCUCCUCGGACGCGCAGCGCGUGCCCGCGAACGGCGGCCUGUUCACGAAGCACGAGCACAGCUUGCCGCCCGGCGAUCGCCACCACUAUCACGCAAGAGGGGGCGGCGGUGCGUAG